AUGGUAGUUGCUGUCUCUAUCCAUGGGGCUUAUUCUCUUUCGGUUGGUGUUCCUACAACCUUUUUUUGGACCAACCAAAAGAUUGCGAAUAUUAUUUUGGAUUUACNCGGGGGCGGAGGGGGUGGGGGAGCGGGGCGGGGGGAGUCGCUCCCGGAGAAGAUCCACCGAUGCCGCGGCGUAGUCCUCGUCGUCUCCGCCCCGCUCCUCCUCGUCUCCUUCGUCCUCCUCCUCAUGCCGCGGUCCCCCGAUCGGCCCAUCCUCGACGAGGGCGCCGCCGCCGUGGCGAUCGCCGGGAGAAUAGCCGGGAGGAAGACCGUGCCAGGAGGAGGAGGCGGCAAUGGGCUGUCGAGGAGCUACGCGGUGAUCUUCGACGCGGGGAGCUCCGGGAGUAGGGUUCAUGUCUACUGCUUCGAUCGGAAUCUGGAUCUGCUCCCCAUCGGGAAGGAGAUCGAACUCUUCGUACAGCUAAAACCUGGCUUAAGCUACUUUGCUAAGGAUCCUCAAGAGGCUGCAGAUUCACUUAUGCCUCUUCUUGAGAAAGCUGAAAGUGUGGUUCCACAGGAAUUGCGAAAGAAAACACCUGUCAAAGUUGGGGCCACUGCAGGUCUGAGAGCAUUGGGAACUGAAAGAUCUGAACAAAUUUUGCAAGCGGUCAGGGAUCUCCUUCAAGAGAAGAGCUCACUGAAGUUCCAACGGGAUUGGGUUUCUGUUCUUGAUGGAACUCAGGAAGGUGCUUUUCAGUGGGUCGCCAUCAAUUAUUUGUUAGGACAUCUGGGAAAAACAUACUCGCACACAGUAGGGGUGGUUGAUCUGGGAGGUGGUUCAGUCCAAAUGGCUUAUGCGAUUUCAGAGAAGGAUGCUGCAAAAGCUCCACAAGUAUCAGAUGGAGAGGAUUCAUAUGUAAAGAAACUGUUGCUUAAAGGAACCACAUACUACCUUUACAUACACAGUUAUUUACAUUAUGGUCUACUGGCUGCUAGAGCAGAGAUCUUAAAGGCUGGUGAUGGCGACAGUAACUGUAUAUUGGAUGGCUAUGAUGGGUUGUACCAAUAUGGAGAUGGUGAAUACAAGGCAUCAGCUUCACCUUCUGGUGCUAGCUUCUCCAAGUGCAGGAGUGAUGCACUUAGAGCUCUAAAGGUUGAUGAGCCGGCAUGCACCCACAUGAAAUGCACGUUCGGUGGUGUGUGGAAUGGUGGUGGUGGAGAUGGACAGAAGAACUUAUUUGUAGCCUCCUUUUUCUUCGACAGGGCUGCUGAGGCUGGCUUUGUAGACCCGAAGCAGGCAGUGGCCCAGGUUAAACCCUCGGAUUUCGAAGAAGCUGCUCGCCGUGCUUGUAAAUUGAGUGUAAAGGAUGCAAAGGCCACCUAUCCUCUCAUAUCCACGGACAACAUUCCAUAUCUUUGCAUGGAUCUCGUCUACCAGUACACACUGCUCGUGGAUGGAUUCGCUGUGGAGCCUUACCAAGAGAUCACGUUGGUCAAGAAGGUGCCGUACGGUGAUGCCUCCGUCGAGGCGGCGUGGCCGCUUGGUAGUGCCAUUGAAAUCGCUUCAUCAUCAUAGAAUACGACUUCUAAUUUCAACUUUGCUGAAAAUUCAUUUCUGGUGCUCGGGUGUCGACAUUUCCUGGUCAAUGAAUAUGCGUAAGAGAAGGCUCAAGCUAGAGCUCUCCGGGUGAUGCUCGUUCGCAGUAUUGCAUUACGAAUUUGCUUGGCUCUCCAAUACGUCGUUACUUAUACGUGAGUGGAGGUGGAGAUGGUUGAACCAACCGAUGUACCUUUGUAGCCAUUUGAGAUCUGCCUUGUUAGCUGACGCAGCCCCCAGAUUAGGAUCUUUGUCAUUUUCUUUUUCUUUUCUUUCUUUUUCUUUUCUAUUUUUUUGGCUUUGUCAUAGAUACGGAAAAUUCUUAUUCAUUGAGCUCGCUCUUCUUGUUGUAUGUAUCGUACUCGGCUAUUGCAUUGACUUCUUUCUCUCCUA